CCCUUUUUCUUUUUCUUUUCCUUUCCUUUUUCUUUUCCUUUUCUGUUUUCUAUUGCUCCAAUUUGUGUUUAUUACUUUUCACUCUUUAAUUAUAAUUAUAUCCAUUUAUAUUCAGUUUCUUUUCGUUUCAUUCAGUUGUUCUUCUUUUUAAAGCAUCUUGCCAGAAACCCUAUAUUGAUGGACCUCAUUCAGCUGCCAAGGGUCGACCGAAUGCGGCUGAGGCGCGGCGGUGACGAGUACAUUGGCACACUGCAUCUGACGACACACCACCUAAUAUUCUCGGCGACUGCACAAAUUGACAGUACCAGCGGCGAGAAUAUUGCAAGCAGCGACUUGGAGCUCUGGCUUGGAUACCCGUUGAUACACUCGGCAGAGCUGCAGCGGCCGCCGAAGCUGGGAUCGCGGCGGGACGGCUCAGUAUACGAGCGCAGCGAGCUGACGGCAUGGGCGCUUCAGGGCGCAAUCCGGAUCCGGUGCCACCACUUUCUGUUUGUGACACUGCGCUGCGCCGACGUGCGCAAGCUCUACGACGCUUUCAGCACGAUAAAACAGCUGGCAUGCGUCGCGUCACUCGAGAAGUUAUACGCCAGCAACGGCUGGGGCAUCUACAGCGCGCGCGAGGAGUUUGAACGCAUGGGUGUUGGCGCUGGCGCCGACAGCGAAGGCAUUGGGCGGUUCUGGCGUCUCAGCGCGGCCAACGACAAGUUUCAGCUUUGCGCCACGUACCCGGAUGAGCUGGCCGUGCCCCUGCGCAUCAGCGACACGACGCUGACGUACGCCGCGCGGUACCGAAGCAAGGGCCGACUGCCUGUACUCAGCUAUCUGCAUGCUAAUGGCGCCAGUAUGACGCGCUCGAGCCAGCCGAUGGUUGGCCUGAAGCAAGCGCGGUCGGUGCAGGACGAGAAGCUUGUCGAGGCCGUGAUUGCGUCGGCUGAGCCGCAGGGCGUAACACCGCGGCUCGGCAGCGGCAGUAGCAGCGAGCGCAGCAAUAUCAUCAUUGACGCGCGGCCGACAACCAAUGCUGUGGUGAACCGCGCUGUCGGCGCUGGCUCGGAGAAUAUGGACCACUACAAGCGCUGCCGCAAGGUGUACCUGGGCAUCGACAACAUCCACGUCAUGCGCGACGCGCUGAACAAGCUCACGGACGCCGUGGCUGCAGAGAGCACUUGCGCGGCCGACCGAGGCGUCGUGGCGCGUAUCCAGAGCUCGCGGUCCAACUGGCUGCGCCACAUCGAAAACAUUAUGGUCGGCGUGCGGACCAUCGUGCAGGCGAUCGACGCCUUGCAGCACGUGCUGGUGCACUGCUCGGACGGCUGGGACCGCACAGCGCAGCUCACUAGCCUGGCGCAGCUGUGCUUGGACCCGUACUACCGCACGGCGCGCGGCUUUGCUGUGCUGGUCGAGAAAGAGUGGGUGUCGUUCGGCCACCAGUUCACGCUGCGCUGCGGCCACCUCGGCCAUCCGGACCGCUUCAAGAUCACCAGAGCGUCGUUUGCACAACGGCCUGCCAAGGCUGGCGCCGAGUCCGAGUCUGGCACGGAGUCUGAUGAGACGCCGGAGGAGCCGGUUGCUGACACCACCACCAGCGGCAGUGCCAGCAGCAGCAGCCCAGCCAACGUGGCAGCGGCACCGGUUGACACGUACGAAUUUUUGCAGAGCAGCACGUCGAUGUUUGGGCGCUUCGCCUCGCGGGCCUUCAAAGGCGUGCAGUCGCGCAUCUCGUCGGCGAUCCAGGCGGCCAGCGACAACCUCGACGACAUCGACGACCCCGAUCCAUUCUACACUGAGUACCCGCAUUUGCAGCCCAACUAUGUGCCACCGGCCAGCGACGCGGCGCACCACCGGGCUUCUUCUGGCUUCCGGCUGGGUCGUUCGAAGCACGACCACGAAACCAGUCCAGUGUUCCAACAGUUCCUCGACUGCGUCUUCCAGCUGUGGGUGCAGCACCCGACGAUGUUUGAGUUCAACGAGCGCUUCUUGCUUGAUCUCUUUUACCACCUGCACUCGGCACAGUUUGGCACCUUUAUUGGGAACAAUACGCGCGAGCGUCAGACGCUCAAGUUCAAGGAGCGCACGCAGAGUGUGUGGUCGUGGAUGUUUCGUCACGAGUGCUGGGAGGACUCGGAAUAUGCCAAUCCGCUGUAUAUGGCUGAUGGCGCUGUGGACUAUACGAAGGUCAUUGCGCCAGAUCCUGCCUUUUUGCAGUACUGGUCAGCCAUGUUUUCAUGCCACGACCCAGCCUUUAAGCGGGAGGCUGGAGACAAUGAUGACAGCGAUGAUGAAAGGGAUGAGAAGGAUGAAGACAUUGAGGCGGCGACAGCACUCAAAGCCGACGACGACGACGACGAUAACGACCACAAGGACGAGACUGGCGUUAGUUCGAUAAACGGCCAAAUGACUUUAUCCAGGAUAUCUGAACCCGGGCUUGCGUCUGCUCUGGAGGAAGAAGAGCAACCUUUGUCGAAGUUGCAGCCAAAGCUAGAGCCAGGGCCAGAGUUGCAGCAAGAAUCAAUUCCAUCAGAACUGGAAUCUGAGCACGCGCCGAAGCCGUCCGCACUGCCACACACAAACAAGAGGGUUGACGCCCCCAGAGCUUUGGCUGGCUCGUCGUCGUUUGAAAACGUGUGGGCGUAGACCACUCACAAACAUGUUUCUCUUUUUGCAAUACCUUUAUUCACGUGACAAUAGCCAUAAACUGUAAUAUAAUCGAUUAUGAUGUCUUCGCAAUGUCGCUAUUCCAAAAUUUUUAUUUAGGGCUAAUUGAU